GCCUCCGGCCCCACGUGAGGCCCGACACCACGUCCCGUCCCGGCGCAGAGCCCGCACGGGGGCACGGCGGCCCAGGUGCCUUGAGAAGCAAUGGCCACAGCGGCUCUUCUGAACUUAGCACCACCUCACCUCUAUUUCCCUUCAAGCACAGCAGCCGCUUUCUCGUGGACAAACGCCGUCGACAUGCACGUCACCAGGCCAAAAUCUGCCAAGGGACGCACGAGGCCAAGCUUCAAUUACUCGCAGAGCGUGGAAGCCUGUCCUUGCCGAGUGCCAUCUUCCCUGCCACCAGCAGCUCCUCACGAAUUAGUGAACAGACGGAAAGCGUCGUCCACAAAACCGGCAUUCCCAUCUGGCCAGGUAUCUCCCGAGGAAAUCCCGGAGCUCCUGCAGCAAGUGCCUUUGAGGACCUCCUCUUCCCUGAACAAGUACAGGGUGCUCCCCUCCAUCGGCUGCAAAGGCGUAGGGAGCGGCGCUGUGGAAGCAGUGGCUGAACAGACCGGCCGGCUGAAAGUGAGUGGGGGGCAGGAGGACGCUCCGAAAAUCAAAAAUCUUUCUGGAGAACAAGGAUCUGCCAGCGUGUUGUCAGAAAGAGAUGUCCCCGGUGAAGAGAGCUCACACGUGCAAUGUCCUCCUGAGAAGCUGGGAAGGAAAAUGAGGCGAGAAAGCCCUUCGACGUUGACUUUAAGUUUGGAAGAGCUGCUGAAAGAAGAGUCGCACUUGCUGCUCGCUAUUCGAUCUCCCUCUGGUCAGAGAUUUGAACAUCAUUUCAAGCCCACCGACAAUCUCCAGAUGGUCCUUGCCGUGGCAGAACAGAAAAUGUCGGCCAAAUACAAACGCUGCAGCGUUGAAACGAUGGAGGUGCCCCGCAGGAGUUUCUCUGACCUUACGAGGUCCCUCCACGAAUGUGGGAUUCUCCACAAGUCCGUGCUGUGCAUCCGACAGAAAGAGCAGCACGACGCAGAUCUUUAG